AUGAGACGUCGCCAUGUUGACCUGAUAGAGGAGGACACAGUACGAAGCAGUCGGUCCAUCUCCAAAGUUUAUGACCGUCUCCGAACAUGCUGUGUAAAGGCUAUGGAACGCCUUGAACGUCGACGUCAGAUGAAGAUUGGUGGAAGAAGAGCUUUUGUGGUGAUCGACGAAAGUAUGUUCCGCCAUAAAAGAAAGUAUAACAGAGGAAGAAUUGGCAGGACCUGGAGGAGACGAAAUGCCUGGGUGUUUGGGAUGUUAGAGGUGGACCGACACCGGCGCCGGCCUGUACUAAAGCUUGUCAGCAGAAGUACCACUAAGUACCACCGUAAGUACCACCGUAAGUACCACCGUAAGUACCACCGUAAGUACCACUGUAAGUACCACCGUAAGUACCACCGUAAGUACCACCGUAAGUACCACCGUAAGUACCACUGUAAGUACCACCGUAAGUACCACCGUAAGUACCACCGUAAGUACCACCGUAAGUACCACCGUAAGUACCACCGUAAGUACCCCCGUAAGUACCACCGUAAGUACCACCGUAAGUACCACCGUAAGUACCACUGUAAGUACCUAGAAGUACCACUGUAA